AAGCCUAAUCGAUUCUAAAACCGUAUCAUUUUUCUUCUUCUUUCCGACUCCCAAGUCGGAGCUCGCCAAAUAAAAACCGUAACCCUAAUUCCGAAUUUUAUAACCCUCAAAACAGUUAAUUAAUUAUUACUCGUUCCCGCUAUCCCGCAGAGAACUGACCCUAACCCGCAAAUUGGAAGAUUGAGCUUUGGAGCCUGUGAACUCCUAGUUCGAAUUCCGCCUAUCAAAUUCAAACAUUACAGGAUUAAGCAUACACUUAACCUAGGCUAGGGCUUUAGAAGAAAUGGCACACAGAUUGUUAAGAGACCUUGAGGCAGAUGGUUGGGAGCGCUCUGACUUUCCUAUCAUCUGUGAGUCUUGCCUUGGUGACAAUCCAUAUGUUCGAAUGACUAGAGCUGAAUUUGAUAAGGAAUGCAAGAUAUGUACCCGACCUUUUACAGUUUUUAGGUGGAGGCCUGGUCGGGAUGCAAGAUUUAAGAAGUCUGAGAUUUGCCAAACAUGCAGUAAGUUGAAAAAUGUUUGUCAAGUUUGUCUUUUGGAUCUAGAGUAUGGGUUGCCAGUUCAGGUUCGAGACACUGCUCUCAGUAUCAAUUCUAAUGAUGCCAUUCCAAAGAGUGAUGUCAACAGGGAAUACUUUGCCGAGGAGCAUGACCGCAGGGCAAGAGCUGGUAUAGAUUAUGAAUCUUCAUAUGGAAAGGCGCGGCCAAAUGACACUAUUCUGAAACUUCAAAGAACAACGCCAUAUUACAAAAGGAAUCGAGCACAUGUUUGCAGUUUUUAUGUAAGGGGUGAAUGCACACGAGGUGCUGAGUGCCCUUAUAGGCAUGAGAUGCCCAUAACUGGGGAGUUGUCCCAGCAAAAUAUUAAAGAUCGUUACUAUGGGAUGAAUGACCCAGUGGCAUUGAAGCUGCUUAACAAGGCUGGUGAAAUGCCCUCAUUGGAGCCACCUGAAGAUGAAAGCAUUAGAACUCUUUAUGUGGGUGGACUUGAUGCUAGGAUUACGGAGCAGGAUUUGAGAGAUAACUUUUAUGCUCAUGGGGAGAUAGAAUCUAUCAAGAUGGUGUCUCAACGAGCAAUUGCCUUCGUAACUUACACAACCAGAGAGGGCGCAGAGAAGGCUGCAGAAGAGCUGUCUAAUAAGCUAGUUAUCAAGGGCCUGAGGCUGAAGCUAAUGUGGGGAAGACCCCAAGCUCCAAAACCUGAGUCUGAGGCUUCAGAAGAAGCAAGGCAACAGGCAGCAAUGGCUCAUGGUGGGAUGUUGCCUCGGGCAGUUAUAUCCCAGCAGCAGAAUCAAUUGCACCCACCUGGGAGUCAAGUCCAACCUCCACCAAUGCACUACUUCAAUAUUCCACCACCACCACCUCAGCAGGAAAGAACCUUUUAUCCAUCAAUGGAUCCUCAAAGAAUGGGUGCCGUUGUUCCAUCCCAAGAUGGGGCUCCUAGUGGGCCAAUGGGAUCUGGGGAGAACAAAAAUGCACUGGAGAGGCAGCAAGGGCAGCACUUUCCUUAUCAGGGGAUGCCACCACCACAGGGGCAAUAUCACCAACAACUUUAUCCUCCAUAUGGAUACAUGCCUCCAAUACCCCCUUAUCAGCAGUACCCUCCAUCAUAUCACUCUGGGGUUCCCCCACCACAGGCUCCACAAGGCACCCAGCAGCACCAGCAUUCUGUCAUGCUGCCAAGGACUGCUGCACCUUCAGCAUCUACAAGCACUGGACCUCCACCUCCAGGUUCUGGAGCAUCAACUUCAUCAAAUACAUGAAACUUGGGUAUGGAUUAUAUAUGAUGUAUUUGAGCAAGUUUCUCGCAUCAUUUAUGCCUUUUUGGAUUGAAAUGUUUUAUUCCUUCUGCUUUUGGGUUGCACUAGUAUUUAACCCGCGCCAUGAUACCAGUUAUUUCUUAGGGGUGCUGUUCCAUGUAUGAAGUUAGAUCAAUCUAUCCAGAAGUAGGGGGAUUAACUGUUGCUUUCAGUAAUCAGGAGCUAAAUUAUGCUAGUGCUGCAAGCUGCUUACAUCAAAGGUGGAGUCAAUUUUGCUUGACAUUAGACUGAUGUUAUUUGGUGAACGUUGUGAUUAAAUUAAAAUAUAAGAUUUCCAGUAGCUUAAUCCCCAACCUUAGGUUGGCGGUAA